UUACGUCCAUUUCUUUUGUCUCCCACACCAUGAGCUCCCUGCUGCCAUUUGACAGCGUGCUGUGUAAUCUGCUGGGCCUGUCUGUUACCCUCUGGUUCACCCUCCUCCUGGUCUUCAUCAUCGUACCUGCCAUCUUCGGGGUUUCCUUCGGCAUCCGCUGGCUGUACAUGAAAACCUUGCUCCGAAUUUUCACGUGGGCCACCUUGCGAAUUGAGAGGGGCGUGAAGGAGAACUGUCAUACCCUGUACAAACCUUUAUCUAAUGGAAUUAUUGCUAAAGACAGCACAUCCCUUGAGAAAGGAAUAUUUGAGAUGCGGGGAAGCGGUCACGAUGGCCCAGAUUUCGAGCUGGCAGAUAUAUUUUACUUCUGUCGGCAAGGCAUGGAGAGCAUCAUGGACGAUGAGGUGACCAAGCGCUUCUCGGCAGAGGAGCUGGAGACGUGGAACCUCCUGAGCAGAACCAACUACAACUUCCAGCAUAUCAGCUUGCGGCUCACUGUGCUGUGGGGGCUGGGCAUGUUGGUCCGCUACACCUUUCUACUGCCACUCAGGAUUGCCUUGGCUAUCACAGGGGUCAGUCUUCUGGUGUUUGGAACUACUGUAGUUGGAUACCUACCAAGUGGCUGGUUUAAGGAGUUCCUCAGUAAACAUAUCCAUCUGAUGUGUUACCGGAUCUGUGUGCGGUUGCUUUACACACAAUAUUUUGUUCUCAAUAGCGAGAAUCGGCCCAGGAAUGGCGGCAUCUGUGUGGCCAAUCACACGUCUCCCAUUGACGUUAUCAUCCUUGCCAGCGAUAGAUAUUACGCCAUGGUGGGACAAGUACAUGGCGGUCUGAUGGGAAUCAUCCAGAGGGCCAUGGUAAAGGCCUGUCCACACGUCUGGUUCGAGCGCUCAGAAGUCAAAGAUAGACAUCUUGUUGCUAAAAGGCUAUCGGAGCAUGCGAAAGAUCAGAGUAAACUGCCAAUCCUUAUAUUCCCUGAAGGCACCUGUAUCAAUAACACAUCUGUCAUGAUGUUCAAGAAGGGAAGCUUUGAAAUAGGAGCCACAGUAUACCCAGUGGCCAUCAAGUAUGACCCACGCUUUGGUGAUGCCUUCUUUAACAGCAGUAAAUAUGGAAUGAUCACCUACCUCCUGCGAAUGAUGACCAGCUGGGCCAUAGUGUGCAGUGUCUGGUACCUACCACCUAUGAUGCGACAGGAGGAUGAAGACGCAGUGCAGUUUGCGAACCGCGUGAAGUCAGCCAUUGCUCGGCAAGGGGGACUCGUCGAUCUGCUUUGGGAUGGGGGACUAAAACGGGAUAAGGUCAAAGACGCGUUCAAAGAGGAGCAACAGAAACUGUACAGCCGCAUCAUCUCUGGAAACCAGGAGAACCGGAGUCGCUCCUGAACCCCAGAACGGGGAAGCGAGCUCUGCCCCGAGCCAAGCCGCUGCUCCAAAACCCACAGGAAGAAGACUCUGAGCCGCAGGAAUAUAAGCCAUGGAGCGGGAGAUGAGGGAACACCAGAACACGGAGCCACUCUGGAUUACUUUAUAAUUGAGGAACUGAUACUGCCAGAGCAAUGGCGUGCAGCGGGUCCUUU